AUGGCUUCAACGGACCCCACCAAAUACAAACUUAACCACUCUAUGAUCCGUGUCAAGGAUCCCAAACGCUCCGUUCAAUUCUACGAAUUCCUCGGCCUAAAGCUGAUCAACAAGCUCGAGAAUCCCGAUGCGAAAUUCGACCUCUACUUCCUCGCAUACGAUAGCCCCAGGGCAGUCUCGCACGGCAACCACUGGACAGAUCGGGAAGGUAUCGUGGAACUCACACACAACUACGGGACCGAGAACGACCCGGAUUAUAAGAUCGCGAACGGCAACCAGGAACCCGCUCGCGGCUUCGGCCAUUUGGCCAUAUCGGUCGAUAAUAUCCAAGCGGCGUGCCGACGGCUAGAAGAUGCGGGAUAUAAGUUUCAGAAGAGGUUGACGGAUGGGAAGAUGCGGAGCAUUGCGUUCGUUCUGGAUCCUGAUGGUUACUGGGUGGAGAUUAUUCCUCAGAAGCCACUGGAGGAGACUGAAAAUAUCAAGGAGACGGACCCUGCUACGUAUAGAUUGAACCACACCAUGAUCCGCGUCAAGGACGCCCAAGCUUCUCUGAAGUUCUACCAAGAGACCAUGGGCAUGAAGCUACUGCGGACUUCGGAAAUGAAGGAAGGGGGUUUCAAUCUCUACUUCCUGGGCUAUGGUCCUGAUGCGCCGGCAACCUCAGCAAAGGGUGUCAGCCCGAUUGCUGAUCGCGAAGGUCUGCUGGAACUAACGUGGAACUACGGAACUGAAAAGGAUCCGAACUUCAAGUACCACGACGGUAACGCUCAACCCCAGGGCUUCGGUCAUAUCUGUCUGUCCGUCGACGACCUUGAUGCUGCAUGUGCCCGCUUCGAAGAGCAGAAGGUCAAUUGGAAGAAGAGGCUGACUGACGGGCGGAUGAAGAACAUUGCUUUUGUUCUUGAUCCCGAUGGUUAUUGGAUCGAGAUUCUACAGAAUGAGAACCUGAAGACACGUGCCAACUGGUGA